AGCAGUCAAACCAAGGGUGGGCAAUUGGCAUCGCAUUCAAUUCUUUUUUUUAUUGUUCGCCUGCCUCAUCCUGUUGUUUCAUUCGUUUCCAAAAUGGAUACACCUCAAAAGGCACAUCGCGCCAAAUCCUCGGGCGCCAAGGUGAACAAGCACAAGAAGAAUGCCGAAAAGAACAACCCAAAGGCCUUUGGUUUUUUGUCAGGAAGGAAAGCAGAAAAGGCUGCUCGCCGCAAUUUAGACAGGGAUCAGACAAGGCUUCAUGUGCCCCUUGUGGAUCGUACACCCAUGGAGGCGCCUCCUGUUGUGGUUGCGGUUGUUGGACCUCCUGGGACUGGAAAGACCACCUUGAUUAAAUCACUUGUUAAGAGAUACACGAAGCACUCACUUACUGAAAUCAAAGGACCCAUCACCGUUAUUAGUGGCAAAAAGCGUCGUCUCACUUUCAUUGAAUGCAAUAACGAUCUCAACAGCAUGAUUGAUGUUGCCAAGGUCGCGGACUUGAUUCUUUUGUUGAUUGAUGCAUCCUUUGGUCUCGAGAUGGAAACAUUCGAGUUCCUCAACAUUUUGCAAACUCAUGGAUUUCCCAAGAUUAUGGGUGUCCUUACACAUUUGGAUCGCUUCAAGAAUAACAAGACACUCAAGACAACCAAAAAGAAGCUAAAGCAUCGUUUUUGGACAGAGAUUUAUCAAGGCGCCAAAUUAUUUUAUCUUUCAGGAGUGAUUAACGGCCGUUACCCUAACCAAGAAAUUUUGAAUCUUUCCAGAUUUAUUUCUGUCAUGAAGUUCCGACCUCUUAUCUGGAGAAACACACAUCCUUAUAUGAUUGCAGACCGUGUUGAAGACUUGACUGACCCAGAGAUGAUUCGCCAGAAUCCAACUUGCGACCGCACCGUCACUCUUUAUGGAUACUUGAGGGGGACUAACAUGAAAUCUGGUAUGAGAAUUCACAUUCCAGGAGUUGGAGAUCACUACAUGGACGAUGUAAGCAUUUUAGCGGACCCAUGUCCUUUACCCGACAAAGUCAGAAAGCGCUUGGAUGAGAAACAAAAGCUAAUCUAUGCGCCAAUGUCAGACGUUGGAGGAAUCAUGUAUGAUAAGGAUGCUGUUUACAUUAAUGUUCCAGGAUCGUUCACUAAAAAGAGUCAAAUUGUCAAAAGCACUGUUGGUACUGGCAAUGGUUCAGGAGAUGAGCAGCAAGGAGAAGAAGAUGAAGAGUCAGAUUAUGAAAGGGGUCAAGGAGAGCGAAUGGUCAUGAAUCUACAGGAUGCUCAGGGCACUCUUGCCAGCCAACUUGAAGAGAGCGAGCUUCGUAUCUUUGCUGACUCUGCACCAAUGCGUGCUGCAGAUGUAGAGGAGGCUGAAUAUGAAGAGAGUGAUAGUGGCGAUGAAGAGACCUUCAAUGGAAGGCAGAGACUACGUGAACAAAAGGAAACUGAUAACGAUGGGCGUAUCCGCCGCCGUGCUAUAUUUGGGGAUGAGGAUGAUGAUAUUGAAAUGGAGGGUGACAAUGAUGAUGAGGAGAACGACGAUGACGAUGAUGACGACGACGACGAUGAAGAUGAAGAAAUGGAAGAUAAUGAAGAAGAAGAAGAAGAAGAAGAAGAAGAAGAAGAAGAAGAAGGUUAUGGAUCAGCCAAUAGCCGUCGGAAAUAUAUGUCUAAAUAUGAAGCCAAACACAAAAUGGGUAAGAAAAACGAUUCGGACUCUGAUGGCGAGGAGGACAUUGCAUUUGCAGAGAGCGAUAGUGACCUUGGCGACCUUUCUGACGAAUAUGAAGAGGAAGACGAUAGCACCUUACGGUGGAAGGAUGAUCUAAUGACCAAGGCUGAAGUCAUAUAUCAUUCGAAACGUCGCCCCAAUCUGAUGCGUCUUAUCUAUGGUGAACGCAAAUUUACUCCGGAGCAGAUUGCACAAGGCGACAUUGAGGAGGCACCUUUGAAAUUAAAAAGUGAUGAGGGUGAUGAAGAAUCCGACGAAGGCUUUGGUACUGGGCCAGGCACAGGCCCAGAGGAUGAGAGCGAUGACGACGACAACUUUUUAACACUCAAGAAGGAAGAAUCGGACACAGCGCUUGCACAAAUGAUCGACUCAUGCAAAGUAACUUUGAAGUUUACCGACUUGGAGGAGUGGGAUAAUGAGGAGAUCAAAGAGUCUAUUCGAAACCGAUUCAUCACUGGCUCUUUAGAUGUCCCAGGAGCUGCGACAAACGGUGAAGGGGAUAAAGAUGAGGCUUUUGGUGAUUUUGAGGAUCUAGAGAGUGGUGAGAAGGUCGAAGGCAUAGCAAGUGAGGAGUCAAGUAAAAAGCCCUUGAGUGAGAAGUCAUAUGACGAAAUGACCCGUGAUGAGAUUGCGACCAAGAAGGAGGAGCUCAAAAAGAAAUUUGAGGCCGAGUAUGGUGAUGAAGAAGAAGAGAAGAAGGAUUUUUACGAUGAGAUCAAGGGUGACAUGGCAAAGCAGCAACAAAUCAAUGAGGCUGAGUUUGAAGAUGAUGACCCUUUGACGCGAGCGAUGGUUGAAGGCUUCCGCCCUGGCACUUAUGUUCGUGUUCUUCUCAAGGAUAUGCCUUGUGAAUUCAUUCAGCACUUCCAGCCCGAAUAUCCUAUCAUCAUGGGAGGCUUACUCCCCGCGGAAGAGAAUUUUGGAUUCAUCCAGGUCCGUAUCAAAAAACAUCGUUGGCACAAAAAGAUUCUCAAGACCAAUGAUCCUUUGAUCUUUUCGCUCGGCUGGCGUCGUAUCCAAACUAUGCCCAUUUACUCGCUCAAUGAUGGAACUCGUAAUAGAAUGCUCAAAUACACUCCGGAGCACAUGCAUUGUCUCGCUACAAUCUAUGGUCCUAUUCAUCCUCCUAAUACUGGCUUCUGUUGUGUACAGAGUGUCUCUGAAAACACGUCAGCGUUCAGGAUUUCAGCCACAGGAGUGGUCCUUGAUAUUGAUCAUUCGGUUGAGAUUGUCAAGAAACUUAAGUUGACAGGUCAUCCAUACAAAAUCCAUAAGAACACUGCAUUCAUCAAGGAUAUGUUUACUUCUGCCCUUGAGGUCGCCAAGUUCGAAGGAGCCAACAUCCGCACAGUCUCUGGAAUCCGUGGUCAGGUCAAGAAGGCCCUUCAGAAACCUGAUGGCCACUUCCGUGCCACAUUCGAGGACAAGAUUUUGAUGUCAGACAUUGUGUUCCUGCGUGCGUGGUACCCUAUCAAACCCAAGAAGUUUUGUAAUCCUGUCACAUCGUUGCUUCUUGCCAAAAAGAAUCAGUGGCAAGGAAUGCGGCUCACAGGUCAAGUCCGACAUGCCAUGUCAUUGUCAGUCCCACAACUCCAUGAUUCUGUCUAUAGACCUGUAGAGAGAAUGACACGUCGGUUCAACACUCUCAAGGUCCCCAAGGCCAUCCGUGCCAACCUUCCUUUCGCUUCUAAACCAAAGCUGUUAGCACCACAGAAACGACCAGGAUUACUCCAGCGUCGUGCAGUGAUGCUGGAACCUGAGGAGAAGAAGAUUUACACAUUGAUGCAGCAGAUUCAUACGCUCAAGCGCGAUAAGGAUCGUAAGAGGGCCGAGAAGGAGAAGGAGAGAAAGAUUGCUUACGAUAAGAAGAAAGCCAAAGAGACUGCCAACUAUGAAAAUCGUAUUAAACGCGAACGCAAAGAGGUAUUCCGAACACAGGGCAAGGAACAAAAGCGUCAGGCGCUUAAAGAAGCAGGUGGACGGAGGCCGAAGAAGCACAAAGCCUCUGAUGACUAACAAAACAUAGAAUCUUUCAUCUAUUCUCUAUUUCAAGCAAUUUCGUAAAAUAUAUAAACGCGCAUCUUUCAGCAU